AUUUUAGGGGACCCAUAUUCAUAAGUAAAAUGAAGAGGUAGAGUUGAGUUAGUGUAUCAAAAACUUUGAACUUAGCACAUGACUACGUGUUGCUGAUGCAAUGUGUUACUAAGAGUAACGUAACAAUUUAAUAAAAAUGUGGUUUAAUAUUUGUUUUGUCUUGUUUUGUAUUGUUGGCGGAGGUAACUCGCUCAGUAAGGAAGCCUUUAGAUACAAUGGGGACACGGAUUUAAACCAUCGUCUAGCGGAGGAACAGUUAGAAGGGCGGAGGUGUCAAGACUGUAGUUGUGGUGAACGGAACGAAGAGCCCCGAGUUGUUGGAGGAACGGAGACCAAUGUAAACGCAUUCCCCUGGAUAGCCAGGCUCAUAUACCACCAGUCUUUCGGCUGUGGCGCUUCUUUGAUCAACGAUAGAUAUGUUGUAUCCGCUGCACAUUGCGUAAAAGGGUUUAUGUGGUACAUGUUUCGUGUUAAGUUUGGAGAACACGACCGCUGCAUGCAGAAGACAAUGCCUGAGACGAGAUACAUCGUGAAGAUAAUUGCGCAUAAUUUCACACUCACUCAUUUGACGAAUGACAUCGCGUUGCUGAAGCUGAACAAACCAAUUGAGUUCGUGCAUUCCAUCAGACCUGUUUGCCUACCUCCGAUUCAGAGUCAAACGUUCUCAUUUGCUGGUAUUCUGGCAACAGUCGCUGGCUUUGGAGCGAUGGCGGAGACAGGAAAAUGGUCGUGUACUCUAUUAGAAGCUCAGUUGCCAGUUCUCAGUAACGAUGAGUGUAAAGACACAAAGUACAAUAGGACGAAAAUUAAAGAUGUCAUGAUGUGUGCGGGCUUUCCAGAAACUGCACACAAAGAUGCUUGCACCGGUGACAGCGGCGGUCCUCUUGUAGUUGAAAAUUCUGACAAUAUUUAUGAACUAAUUGGUGUGGUGUCCUGGGGAUAUGGCUGCGCCAGAAAAGGAUUCCCUGGCGUUUACACAAGAGUGACUGAGUAUAUGGAUUGGAUUAAAGAUAAUACGGACGACGCCUGCUAUUGUGACAUGUAAUAUACAGAUAACUCAUAGAUAUACUAUGACUUAGUCAUUGGAUUGUAGUCCUUAUUAAAUUAAAAUAAAUUGCUUUUUAAUAAAUAAU